CCAGAACCAGGAGGAAGGGGUGGAAAUGUCCCUCUCUCCCUCCGUAGUUCCCUUCUUAGCCUCCUCUGCAGAACUUCUCAGAUGUCACAGAGUCAGAGGCUUAGGUUGCCUUCCUCCUCCUCUUCUUCCUCCUCCUCUUCCUCCGGUUCGGAAACGGGAUGUGAUGUAAAAACACAGAAACUUUUUUUUGUCUUUGGAGCUGAUCGGAUUUUUCUGGAUCCGAACGGACUGUUCCGAAACAAGCCGAAUCUGAUCAAAUCAGGAGUUUCUCGGAAAGUCGCCGGGAGUUGAAGAGACGGAUCGACUCCUCCACCAUGACCCAGUGAGGGAACCCGAACCGAACCGAGCCGAGCCGAGCCGGGGAGAAGCUGUGAAGCUGCUGCGUUGGACCCGGAGAGAAACAGCUGAAAACAGAGAUGUAGCGCGCCUGCUGGUGUGACCGUUGGACCAUCAUGCACCUCUUCCUGCUGCUGAUCCUUCAGCUUCCAGCAGCCAUUGGACAGAUCGAUCCAGAACAUUGUCGCUAUGCGUUGGGCAUGGAGGACGGACGGAUCCCCAACGAGGACCUGACGGCGUCCAGCCGGUGGUACGAGACCACCGGGCCGCAGUACGCCAGGCUGAACUCUGAGGACGGAGACGGAGCCUGGUGUCCUGAAGGGCAGCUGGAGCCUUCAGACUCUCAGUACCUGCAGAUCGACCUGCGCAGACUCACCUUCCUGACGCUGUUCGGGACUCAGGGUCGGUACGCCAGAGGUCUGGGGAAGGAGUUCGCCACGCAUUACCGCCUGAACUACAGCCGAGACGGACAGCUGUGGAAGUCCUGGAAGAACCGGCUGGGAAAGGAGGUCCUGGACGGAAACAAAGACACCUACGGCAUUUUCUCCAACGACCUGAAGCCUCCGAUCAUCGCGCGCUUCGUCCGCGUCAUCCCCGUCACCAGGCUGUCCUCCACCGUCUGCAUGAGGGUGGAGCUGUACGGCUGUCCCUGGGACGACGGGCUGCUGUCCUACAGCGCUCCAGAGGGUCAGCUCAUGAUGGCGCCCGGUAACCCGUCAGUAAUCAGCCUCAACGACUCCACGUACGACGGCGUCCACGAGAAAAGGAAGCUGUCCGGAGGCCUGGGUCAGCUGACGGACGGCGUGACGGGCCGCGACGACUUCCUGGCAAUCCGCCAGUACAACGUGUGGCAGGGAUACGACUACCUGGGCUGGAGGAACGACACGCAGGGGACUCAGGGAUACGUGGAGAUGGAGUUUGUGUUCGACAGGCUGAGGAACUUCACCUCCAUGAAGGUUCACAGUAACAACAUGUACACCCGCGGUGUGAAGAUCUUCUCCUCCGUGUCCUGCUGGUUUAAGCCUUCCCUCAGCUGGGAGCCGGAGCCCGUUUCCUUCUCCACCAUUCUGGACGACAGGAACCCAAGCGCCCGUUACGUCACUGUGCCGCUGAGCCGUCGGGCCGCCAGGUCGCUCCGCUGCCGCUUCUACUACGCAGACGUCUGGAUGAUGUUCAGUGAGAUCUCAUUUCAGUCAGAAGACAUCAUCCUGCCAACACAACAGCCACUGAUGGGGACAUCUGUUCCAGGAGGACAUAGGGACAUCACCAUGACAACCACACCAAAGUCUGAUAACACAGCAGCUGCUCCGUCCGCCAGCAGCAGCUCCGACGAAGGGAACACGCCCAUCCUGAUUGGCUGCCUGGUGACCAUCAUCCUCCUGCUGGUCAUCAUCAUCUUCCUCAUCCUCUGGUGCCAGUGUGUCUGCAAAGUGCUGGAGAAGGCUCCUCGUCAGAUCCUGGAUGAGGAGGUGACGGUCCGCCUGUCGUCCUGCAGCGACACCAUAAUCCUGCAGACGCCCCCGGUGCCGCCGCGCUCCCGGCAUCCUCCAGCAGGCCCCACCAACACCGACCCCCACUAUGAGAGGGUCUUCCUGCUGGACCCUCAGUACCAGAACCCGGCCGUCCUGAGGAACAAGCUGCCGGAGCUGUCGCAGAGCGCCGAGGCUUCAGCGCUCUUCCUCGGUAACCCUCUCUAUGACCUGCUGCUGCUGACUUCCUGUCGCCAGACGUCAGGAUGGCUUGGUGCGUGCGGCGGCGGCUACGCCGAGCCGGACGUCACCCAGUGCACGCCUCACCAGUCCUUCAACAACAACGCGCCGCACUACGCCGAGACGGACAUCGUCCGGCUGCAGGGCGUCACCGGUAGCAACAUGUACGCCGUCCCCGCCCUGACCGUCGACUCCCUCACCAGGAAGGACAUCUCCGCCGCAGAGUUCCCACGACACCAGCUCAUCUUCAGGGAGAAGCUGGGAGAGGGGCAGUUUGGAGAGGUCCACCUCUGUGAGGCUGAGGGACUCCCAGAAUUCCUUGGGGAAGGCUCGCCCCUCCCCGACAGAGACGGACACUCGGUUCUGGUGGCGGUGAAGCAGCUGAGGGCCGACGCCACGAGCCAGGCCAGGAACGACUUCCUGAAGGAAAUCAAGAUCAUGUCCCGGCUGGACGACCCGAACAUCAUCCGGCUGCUGUGUGUGUGUGUGUCGUCCGACCCGCUGUGCAUGGUGACGGAGUACAUGGAGAACGGAGACCUGAACAUGUUCCUGUGUCAGCGUGAGAUCGAGAGCACGCUGACGCACGCCAACAACAUUCCCUCUGUCAGCCUGUCGGACCUCCUCCACAUGGCCGUCCAGAUCUCCUCUGGGAUGAAGUACCUGGCGUCUCUGAACUUCGUCCAUCGCGAUCUGGCCACCAGGAACUGCCUGCUGGAUCGCCGCCUCACCAUCAAGAUCGCCGACUUCGGGAUGAGCAGGAACCUGUACAGCAGCGACUACUACCGGAUCCAGGGCCGGGCCGUGCUGCCCAUCCGCUGGAUGGCCUGGGAGAGCAUCCUGCUGGGGAAGUUCACCACGGCGAGCGACGUGUGGGCGUUCGGAGUGACGCUGUGGGAAAUCUUCACUCUGUGUAAGGAGCAGCCGUACAGCCUGCUGUCCGACGAACAGGUCAUCGAGAACUCGGGCGAGUUCUUCCGGAACCAGGGCCGACAGAUCUUCCUGUACGCCCCUCCUCUCUGCCCGCCGUCUCUGUUCGAGCUGAUGAUGCGCUGCUGGAGCCGCAACAUCACGGACCGACCCACGUUUGAGGGACUUUACCAAGCCCUGAGGCCUCACGUCAACCAGUGAGCCGCUGGGGCCCCGCUGGGCCCUGCAGGGGCCCCGCUCCGGCUCAGGGCCCCGGGGCUGCUGGGACUCCUGUAUGGUGACAGACAUGAACAUGAUGGACCAGAACUACUCUGCUGGCUGAGGUCCGAUCUGAGAGGAGGGAGAAGAACCCGUCAGUCUGUCUGAACCUCAUCAGUCCCUUUAGGAACCAGAUGAACUUUUAUCGUUUGUUCUUGUGCCAGAUGUUGCCUGAAACCUGAUUUCCUUCCCAUCUUUGGUUCCCUUGGAGCCCAGAACCCAACGGCUGUCAGCCUCUGGUGUUUCUGUCUGCGUGGUUCUGGUUGUUGUAAAGCACUGUGUCUGUGUCUCAGUUAUUCAUGUUCGUAGAUAAUAACCCACACUGGAGCUAAAGUCAAAGUGUAGCGUAGACUUUUUGUUGUUAAGUUUUAUUGUUAUUUUCAUAUUUUGACAUUUGUUUGGUCGUUUACACAGAAGAGAGUCGAGUCCAAGUUCAGCCUCCCAAAACUAAAGUGUCUAAAUCUCAUUAAACUUCCCGUUUCUAUGUACAAACACAAGAACAGCUCAGAAAAUUCCUAGAUUGUGAAAAAUGUUUUUGUUCCUCUUUGCAGAAAAUGAAACUCAUGAUGUCGAUUUAUUAUGCAGUGAAACAUUUCAGACCUUUAGUUCUUCUAAUUUUGACUUGGAGAAAAUAAAACCCCAACAUUUUUAACAUUCUAAGUUAAAUAUUGGAAACUUGUGUCGAGUUUCAUAUUUAUUUAUUAUUAGUAUGUUUCCAAUAAUUCAAGCUGCAUAAAGUGCUUACAAGGAAACAUAACCAAAAAGUUAAAGACAAUUUGCUAAAAGCCCUUUCAGAUUGUGAAAAAGGUCAUUUCUAGCUGGUUGUUCUCAGAGUGGUGUCCAUGCAGACUCAUGGAAAGUUGGGUGGAAGAAAAAAGUGAGGUAGGAAAAGGCGCAAAAGCAACAGGAAUAACCAAAACCUGGAGAGGAUUGUUGAGUACAAUCCAUUCAAGAGUCUGAGAGAGCUUCACAUGGUGGACUAAGGAUGAAGUCACAGAGACAACGAGCCUCACCUGGGCUCAGAACCAGAACCAGAACCAGAACUGGACUGAGGAGAACCAGAACUGAAAGUUUUCAUUUCAUUUGGAAAUCAAGGUCCCAGAAUCUGGAGGAAGAGUGAAGAGAACCAGAAUGACGUUUCCACAGUCGGUGAUAAACUCGGGUCAUCUGCUGGUACCAAUAGUUCAGUCACCAUGGUAACAACAGCAAACUGGCCUGACCUUUAACCCCAUAGACAAUCUGUGGAGUUUGGUUUUGAGGAAGAUGACCUGAACGUUUUACAGGAACCUGGACCUCCAGAACCUCAGCAGAACCUCAGGUGGAUCUUCAUGCUGCUGCAUCAACACUGGAGCCCAGACUGAGAUCUAUAACCCUGAUAUUUCUGCUUAAAAUAUCAUUUUUAAUGAUCUGAUGUAACAUUCUGGUUUCCUGAGACGCUGAAUGUUGGGUUUUUAUCUCUGUGAAC